GGGUGAAAAGGCGUGUAUAUCGGGUAAUUGUUUAAACUUGAACAUCUUUGGGCAUAUUUAAUCAAAAAUGGUUGUCAGACAAAUUUCCAAUCAUAAUUGUACCAAAACAGACUCUUUGUUUGGAUGUUAAAUAUAUACAUCUGUUUAACAUCAUGGAAGUUUACGCUCUCUGUUUCUGUUUACAUCUGAAACCACAUAGUAGACCUAUUUUCAAUCCGUAUUAACUCAGAGGUUAUUAUAGAUAAUAGCCGAGGGUGUUCCGAUUGGUAAGCGUUCCUAAUGAUAACACGUUAACCUAUAUGUAAAUAUUAACAUGAACUUUUAAAUCGUGAAUACUAGUUCUAAUCAUGUGGGUAGGGAUUGUAUAUUGUAUUACUGUGUUUUGUGCCAUUACUUCUUUCUGUCACAGUGUUACGGUGCAAACACAAUGUGGAGCUGUUGAUGGAAUUCAAAAUGACGGAGUAAGCAGUUUCUUGGGUAUUCCUUAUGCACUGCCACCAAUCGGUAAGUUGCGAUGGAAACCGCCAAUUGCACUCAGCCCGCGCGCGGGAAAUUGUUGGAAUGGUACUCUACAAGCACACAAUUACGGAAAUACGUGCUUCCAAAUAAGCUUCUCUGAUCCUACUCGACAAAAAUUGCUAGGAAGUGAAGACUGCUUGUAUUUGAACGUAAUAACUCCUUCGUCAAGCCCGCGCAUUCUCCGACCAGUAAUGAUCUGGAUACACGGUGGGUUUCUGCAAUACCUGAAUGGAAACUGGCCGCUGUAUAUGCCUACAGAGGAACUGGCCAGGGAAACUGACACGGUAUACGUAGGAUUUAAUUAUCGUCUGCAUGUUUUUGGAUUUAUGGCCCUUCAAGUUCUGGCAGACCAGUCACCGACAAACACCUCCGGAAAUUAUGGGUUCAUGGACAUGAUAGCAGUUUUGAAAUGGGUUCAAGCCAACAUUAAAAACUUUGGCGGGGAUCCGGAUCGGGUAACGAUAUUUGGACAGAGCUCCGGAGGAACCUCAAUAUUUGCUUUGUUGGCUUCACCUCUGUGUAAGGGCCUCUUUCAUAGAGCAUGGAUGUUGUCAGGAUCUCCAAUAUUGAAUAAAACUGCCAAUGAUGCCUUCAAAGACAACGAGUUAUUCAUGAGAAAUACAAAUUGCACGAAUGUCGACUGCUUAUAUUCCCUUUCGUCUGCUGAAGUUACUUUCGCAGUACCUUGGACAUCCUACCCCUACUGGGCAAUGUUCGACCAAGGAGAUUUACCUACAAAGGGUCAUUUUGACGGUGCUUUAGCCAUAGUUGAUGGUGUAGUACUAACAGAAGCCCCAUUUGAUGCCUGGUCACAUGGUAACAUGGUAGACGUUCCACUGCUCAUAGGAUCUUGUGCCAAUGAAAUUGACUCUGACCCAACGGACAAAUCUAUUUAUAACUGGACAUGGAUACAAUAUGAAGACCAUGUAAAGCAGUACAUCGGAACAUUCGGAAGUGACGUAACAAACAUAGCUCUUAAGUUAUACCCUUCAAAAUUUAUAUCCCCUGAAUUCCAGCUAACCAGUAUGGCAAGUGAUCUACGUAUGAAUUGCCCUACUGAUGUUCUAGCGUUACGUGCGGCUUCCGCUUUUACGUCACCAGUCUACCGUUACGUCGUGACGUCAUUUCCGUCUGUACCUGUUAAUGCUGUAGGUAUCCCUUUCCCUGCGUCAUAUUCCUUUCAUCUCUGGGAUGCGUUCGCCUUCUUCGGAUUUAUACCAGAUUAUAUAAAACACCCUACAGAUAUGGACAUUGAAUGGCAACGAAAUGUAAGACAGGAAGUAAUGGCGUUUGUUAGAAGUGGAGCACCAUCUACGUUGUCAUGGAAACCUUUCCCUUCAACAGUAGGCAAUUUGUCUUUUACGACAAACGCAAUAGCCUCUUACCACGAGGCACAAUGUGAAUUCUGGUUAAAGAAUGGCUUUUUUGACUAUGCAUGGAUAAACUAAUACACAAUUAAAAUGUAAAUAUUUCUGAAACGAAUAUUUCCAAUGAGUGUUUAUUUAUUAUUUAUUUAUUUAUUUAUUUGGUUAAAUUCACUUGACUUUAUUUCCAUUUGUAAUGGAAAAUAUCAUUAAUUAUAAAAAAAACAACAUAUUUCAGUAUAGCGUUUGCACACUGUGGUUUAAAGAAUAGUUUAGCCCUUUUAAGGCUUGUCGUGAACAAGAUGUAGCGUAUUUCAAAAUAUCAAUUAAAAUCGCACAAAUUUUGAUAAUUGUAUUUUAUUUUUAUCAAUGUCACACUUUAGGCUGUAUCAAUGUAUAUCGUGGAUCAAUGGUUUAUUAUCGUUCAGCUUAGUAAUUGAUUUUGAUUGGUUGACUUGUUUUACAUAUCUAAAUGGUUGGUGUUUGUUUAAUUUCGUUUUUAUCACGCUAAUUA